CGACGUCGGUCGAUUACUUCUCGGAGAAAGCAACGGCGGCCCGACCACUUCGCGGUAGAAAAUUAGCCGCCCUCGUCCCCUUCCCUUCUUUCCUUCUCUCCUCCCUCGAGUCCGUCGCUUCUUCUGCAUUCGAUUUCCUCUGAAUCGAUCGGAUUCGGACCCACACAUCCUGCAAGGUAUGGGAAGUCAUCAUGUAAUCUUAGAGAUGAGCUAGUUGAUAUUCUGGUGACAUAACUACUGCAACCUACUUGCGUCCAAUUGAAGUUGCACAUGGAGGUUUUUCUAGGCUUGGGAAGAGUUUAAGAAUAUAGGGGCAAAUCAAGUUAGAUAAAGGUUACAACGUGAGACAGGAAACUGGAUCUUGUGAUGUUAUGUCUGCACACCUUUUAAGCCAAAAAUAAGUGGUUUGGCUUGUUUGUAGAGGGAUGAAAUUGGGGACUCUAAAUGGACUGAGAGGUAAACGUCUUUCGCUCACUCUCAUCAUCAUCUUCACAACGCUUCUUAUAUGGGGAUGGGAGAGAACACCGCACCAAGAUACUUUCCACCCACAACAUGAGCAGGAUUUGUAUCCUCAAGUUGCUCGCAUUAAGUAUAUCCAUCAGCUUCCAUCAGAAGAGGAAGAUUUUCCAGAUGCUGACACAAUUGGAAAUCGGACAAAUGGAACAGUACCGCAAGUUCUCAGUGAUAAGCCAGUAGGUUCUCCAACAGCAAGUAAAACAACAGAAGUGGAUGAAGGUCUUCAAGCAAUAACUGUAGAGAAUAACGCUUGUAACUACGCAAAAGGGAAAUGGGUUUCACACGAGAGAAGACCUUUGUAUUCUGGGUUUGGAUGUAAACAGUGGCUAUCUGAACCUUGGGCAUGUAGAUUGACUCAGCGGAAAGAUUUCUCCUAUGAAAAAUUCAGAUGGCAGCCAGAAAGCUGUGAUAUGCCCGAGUUUGAGGGUUCCAAAUUCUUGAGAAGGAUGCAGGACAAAACCAUUGCCUUUGUAGGGGAUUCCUUGGGAAGACAGCAGUUCCAAUCACUUAUGUGUAUGGUGUCCGGUGGCGAACAAAGAUCCGAUGUGGAAGAUGUUGGGCUACAGUAUGGUUUUGUCACAGGCCCUGAUGCUGCACGACCAAAUGGUUGGGCUUAUCAGUUCUCAAGCACCAAUACCACCAUCUUGUACUACUGGUCUGCAACCCUCUGUGAUGUGGAACCUCUGAAUGUAUCAGAUCCAGCUACUAAUUAUGCCAUGCACCUUGAUCGGCCAACAUCAUUUUUAAGCCAAAAUCUUCAUAGAUUUGAUGUUCUGAUUCUUAACACUGGCCACCACUGGAACAGAGGGAAGCUAAAUGCUAAUAGGUGGGAAAUGUAUGUUAAUGGAGCACCCAACACCGACAAGAAGCUUGCACCCAUGGGAAGUGCCAAAGAUUUUGCUGUUCAUAGUGUCGUCAAGUGGUUAGACGGCCAGCUGCCACUGCAUCCACGGCUGAAAGCAUUUUAUAGGUCAAUUUCUCCCAGGCAUUUCUUUAAUGGAGAGUGGAACUCUGGAGGUACUUGUGAUAAUACCAAACCACUGGCAGGUGGGAGUGUUGUUUCACAGGAUGCUGCUGUUGAUGUAGCUGCUGUAAGUGCUGUGAAUGGCACGAGUGUUGAGCUUUUGGAUAUCACUGCUUUAUCCCAACUGAGGGAUGAGGGGCAUAUCUCCAAGUACAGUAUUAAAGGCACACAAGGUGUUCAGGAUUGCUUGCAUUGGUGCCUGCCAGGUAUUCCUGAUACAUGGAAUGAGAUCUUAGCCGCUCAGCUCUAAGCUAUCAUCUGAGUGCAAAAAUUAAAAAAUGUGUAGCCAUUCUUUCUAAUGUUUUGUAAGGCUAUGUUUAAGGAAAUCAAUUGGACCUCUCUGAGGUAGAUAAUGGCAUGGGAGAGAGAGAGAGAGAGAGAGAGAGAGAGAGAGAGAGAGAUCAUUUAGUAUGGAGAUGAUUUUGUUGCCAAUGUAACAUUCUCUGUUUUCUUUGUUACACAUUAAAUGACUGAGUUUUCUUUAGAGA